ACCAUGGCAGCAGUGACCGUGUCGGUGCCCGGGCGGAAGGCACCCCCCAGGCCUGGCCCAGUGCCCGAGGCGGCCCAGCCGUUCCUGUUCGCGCCCCGUGGGCCGGGCGUGGGGAGUGUGCCCGGGGGCUCGGCCAUGUCCCCGCAGGUGGAGUGGACGGCACGGCGCCUGGUGUGGGUGCCUUCGGAGUUGCACGGCUUCGAGGCGGCGGCCCUGCGGGACGAGGGCGAAGAGGAAGCCGAGGUGGAGCUGGCGGAGAGUGGGCGGCGGCUGCGGCUGCCGCGGGACCAGAUCCAGCGCAUGAACCCACCCAAGUUCAGCAAGGCCGAGGACAUGGCUGAGCUGACCUGCCUCAAUGAGGCCUCCGUGCUGCACAACCUCCGCGAGCGAUACUACUCCGGCCUCAUCUAUACCUACUCCGGCCUUUUCUGUGUGGUCAUCAACCCGUACAAGCAGCUUCCCAUCUAUACGGAGGCGAUUGUGGAGAUGUACCGGGGCAAAAAGCGCCACGAAGUGCCGCCCCACGUGUACGCGGUGACUGAAGGGGCCUACCGAAGCAUGCUGCAGGAUCGUGAGGAUCAAUCCAUUCUCUGCACCGGGGAGUCUGGGGCUGGGAAGACAGAAAACACCAAGAAAGUCAUCCAGUACCUCGCCCACGUGGCAUCAUCGCCAAAGGGCAGGAAGGAGCCGGGUGUCCCGGCCUCCACCAACACCGUGUCUUAUGGUGAGCUGGAGCGGCAGCUUCUUCAGGCCAACCCCAUCCUGGAGGCCUUUGGCAACGCCAAGACAGUAAAGAAUGACAACUCCUCCCGAUUUGGCAAAUUCAUCCGCAUCAACUUCGACGUUGCCGGGUACAUCGUGGGCGCCAACAUCGAGACUUACCUGCUGGAGAAGUCGAGGGCCAUCCGCCAGGCCAAGGACGAAUGCAGCUUCCACAUCUUCUACCAGCUGCUGGGAGGCGCCGGGGAGCAGCUCAAGGCCGACCUCCUCCUCGAGCCGUUCUCCCACUACCGCUUCCUGACCAACGGGCCAUCAUCCUCUCCGGGCCAGGAGCGUGAGCUCUUCCAGGAGACACUGGAGUCCCUGCGGGUCCUGGGAUUCACCCACGAGGAAAUCACCUCCAUGCUGCGGAUGGUCUCGGCCGUUCUCCAGUUUGGCAACAUUGUCCUGAAGAGAGAACGGAACACCGAUCAAGCCUCCAUGCCUGACAACACAGCUGCGCAGAAGCUCUGCCGCCUCCUGGGCCUGGGGGUGACAGAUUUCUCCCGCGCCCUGCUCACCCCCCGCAUCAAAGUUGGCCGGGACUACGUGCAGAAAGCACAGACCAAGGAACAGGCUGACUUUGCGCUGGAGGCCCUGGCCAAGGCCACCUACGAGCGCCUCUUCCGCUGGCUGGUCCUGCGCCUCAACCGAGCCCUGGACCGUAGCCCCCGCCAAGGCGCCUCCUUCCUGGGCAUCCUGGACAUCGCUGGCUUUGAGAUCUUCCAGCUGAACUCCUUCGAGCAACUCUGCAUCAACUACACCAACGAGAAGCUGCAGCAGCUCUUCAACCACACGAUGUUUGUCCUGGAGCAGGAGGAAUACCAGCGCGAGGGCAUCCCCUGGACCUUCCUCGACUUCGGCCUCGACCUGCAGCCCUGCAUCGACCUCAUCGAGCGGCCGGCCAACCCCCCUGGGCUCCUCGCUCUGCUGGAUGAGGAGUGCUGGUUCCCAAAGGCCACAGACAAGUCCUUUGUGGAGAAGGUGGCCCAAGAGCAGGGUGGUCACCCCAAAUUCCAGCGGCCAAGGACUCUGCGGGAUCAGGCCGACUUCAGCGUCCUGCAUUAUGCGGGCAAGGUUGACUACAAGGCCAAUGAGUGGCUGAUGAAAAACAUGGACCCUCUGAAUGACAGUGUCGCAGCCUUGCUUCACCAGAGCACAGACCGGCUAACGGCAGAGAUCUGGAAAGACGAACACGGGGGCUUGCAGCAGUUCUCUUUCCUGGGCUCCUUCCCACCGUCGCCCCCAGGAUCUUCAGGGAGGCGCGGCUCUGCCAUUUCUCCGCCAGGGGUGGAGGGCAUCGUGGGGCUGGAGCAGGUGAACAGCCUUGGGGAUGGCCCACCUGGUGGCCGCCCACGCCGGGGCAUGUUCCGGACGGUGGGACAGCUCUACAAGGAGUCCCUGAGCCGCCUCAUGGCCACACUCAGCAACACCAACCCCAGCUUCGUCCGCUGUAUCAUCCCCAACCACGAGAAGAGGGCUGGGAAGCUGGAGCCGCGGCUGGUGCUGGACCAGCUGCGCUGUAACGGCGUCCUGGAGGGCAUCCGCAUCUGUCGCCAGGGCUUUCCCAACCGCAUCCUCUUCCAGGAAUUCCGGCAGAGGUACGAGAUCCUGACACCCAAUGCCAUCCCCAAGGGCUUUAUGGAUGGGAAGCAGGCCUGUGAGAAGAUGAUCCAGGCCCUGGAAUUGGACCCUAACCUCUACCGCGUGGGACAAAGCAAGAUCUUCUUCCGGGCAGGGGUUCUGGCCCAGCUAGAAGAAGAGCGGGACCUGAAGGUCACAGACAUCAUUGUGUCCUUCCAGGCAGCUGCCCGGGGAUACCUGGCUCGCAAGGCCUUCCAGAAGCGCCAGCAGCAGCAGAGUGCUCUGAGGGUGAUGCAGCGGAACUGUGCAGCUUACCUCAAGCUGAGACACUGGCAGUGGUGGCGGCUCUUCAUCAAGGUGAAGCCACUGCUGCAGGUAACGCGGCAGGAUGAGGUGCUGCAGGCACGGGCGCAGGAACUACAGAAAGUGCAGGAGCUGCAGCAGCAGAGUGCCCGCGAGGUGGGCGAGCUCCAGGGCCGGGUGGCGCAGCUGGAAGAGGAGCGUGUCCGCCUGGCAGAGCAACUGCGAGCAGAGGCAGAAUUGUGUGCUGAGACUGAGGAGACCCGGGGGCGGCUGGCAGCCCGAAAGCAGGAGCUCGAACUGGUGGUGUCGGAGCUAGAGGCCCGUGUGGGCGAGGAGGAGGAGUGCAGCCGCCAGCUGCAAACCGAGAAGCGGAGGCUGCAGCAGCACAUACAGGAGCUGGAGACCCACCUCGAGGCUGAGGAAGGGGCCCGGCAGAAGCUGCAGCUGGAGAAAGUGACGACGGAGGCAAAGCUGAAAAAGUUUGGGGAGGAUCUGUUACUCUUGGAAGAUCAGAACGCCAAGCUGAGCAAGGAGCGGAAGCUGCUGGAGGAGCGGCUGGCCGAGUUCUCAUCCCAGGCAGCUGAGGAGGAGGAGAAAGUCAAGAGCCUCAAUAAGCUUCGACUCAAAUACGAGGCCACGAUUGCAGACAUGGAGGAUCGCCUCCGGAAGGAGGAGAAGAGCCGCCAGGAGCUGGAGAAGCUGAAGCGGCGGCUGGACGUGGAGGGCUCAGAGCUGCAGGAGCAGAUGGUGGAACAGCAGCAGCGGGCGGAGGAGCUGCGGGCCCAGCUGGGCCGCAAGGAGGAGGAGCUGCAGGUCGCCUUGGCCAGGGCAGAGGAUGAGGGCGGGGCCCGGGCCCAGCUGCUCAAAUCCCUGCGGGAAGCACAAGCAGGGCUGGCCGAGGCCCAGGAGGACCUGGAGGCUGAGCGCGCAGCCAGGGCCAAGGCAGAGAAGCAGCGCCGGGACCUGGGUGAGGAGCUGGAGGCGCUGCGGAGCGAGCUGGAGGACACGCUGGACUCCACCAACGCGCAGCAGGAGCUCCGGUCCAAGAGAGAACAGGAGGUGACAGAGUUGAAGAAGGCUCUGGAGGAGGAAACGCGCGUUCAUGAGGUGGCGGUGCAGGAGCUGCGGCAGCGCCAUGGCCAGGCACUGGGAGAGCUGGCAGAGCAGCUGGAGCAAGCCCGGAGGAGCAAAGGUACAUGGGAGAAGACCCGGUUGGCUCUGGAGGCUGAAGUGUCUGAGCUACGGACGGAGCUAAGCAACCUGCAGACCGCGCGUCAGGAGGGUGAGCAACGGAGGCGUCGCCUGGAGUCACAGUUGCAGGAGGUGCAGGGCCGGGCUGGCGAUGGGGAGCGGGCACGAGCAGAGGCUACUGAGAAGCUGCAGCGAGCCCAGGCUGAACUCGAGAUUGUGUCUGGAGCACUGAGCGAGGCCGAGUCCAAAGCCAUCAGGCUGAGCAAGGAGCUGACCAGCAUGGAGGCCCAGCUCCACGACGCCCAGGAGCUGCUGCAGGAGGAGACCAGAGCGAAGCUGACCCUGGGGUCCCGGGCGCGAGCCCUGGAGGCGGAGGCGGCAGGGCUGCGGGAGCAGCUGGAUGAGGAGGCAGCUGCCAGGGAGCGGGCGGGCCGUGAGCUGCAGGCUGCGCAGGCCCAGCUCUCAGAGUGGCGGCGGCGCCAGGAAGAAGAGGCGGGGGCACUGGAGGCAGGGGAGGAGGCACGGCGCCGGGCCACCCGAGAGGUUGAGGCCCUGACCCAGCGCCUGGCAGAAAAGACAGAAGUGGUGGAGAGGCUGGAGCGGGGCCGCCGGCGGCUGCAGCAAGAGCUGGACGAUGCCACGGUGGACCUGGAACAGCAGCGGCAGCUUGUGAGUGCGCUGGAGAAGAAGCAGCGCAAGUUCGACCAGCUCCUGGCGGAGGAGAAGGCAGCCGUCCUUCGGGCGGUGGAGGAGCGCGAGCGGGUCGAGGCGGAGGGCCGGGAGCGUGAGGCCCGGGCGCUGUCACUGACGCGGGCGCUGGAGGAGGAGCAGGAGGCGCGGGAGGAGCUGGAGCGGCAGAACCGGGCACUGCGGGCUGAGCUGGAGGCGCUGCUCAGCAGCAAGGAUGACGUCGGCAAGAGCGUACACGAGCUGGAGCGAGCCCGCCGGGUGGCCGAACAGGCAGCCAACGACCUGCGGACACAAGUGACGGAGCUGGAGGAUGAGCUGACGGCGGCGGAGGAUGCCAAGCUGCGCCUGGAAGUGACCGUGCAGGCCCUCAAGGCGCAGCACGAGCGGGACCUGCAGGGCCGAGACGAGGCUGGUGAGGAGAGGCGGCGGCAGCUGGCCAAGCAGCUGAGGGAUGCAGAGGUGGAACGCGACGAGGAACGCAAGCAGCGUGCUCUGGCCGUGGCCGCCCGCAAGAAGCUGGAGGCCGAGCUGGAGGAGCUGAAGGCCCAGACCGCGGCCAGCGGACAGGGCAAGGAGGAGGCCGUGAAGCAGCUUCGCAAGAUGCAGGCCCAGAUGAAGGAGCUGUGGCGGGAGGUGGAGGAGUCGCGCAGCUCCCGGGAGGAGAUCUUUGCCCAGAACCGGGAGAGUGAGAAGCGCCUCAAGGGGCUGGAGGCGGAAGUGCUGCGACUGCAGGAGGAACUGGCCGCCUCAGACCGUGCCCGGCGGCAGGCCCAGCAGGAGCGGGACGAAAUGGCAGAUGAGGUGGCCAACGGCAGCCUUAGCAAGGCUGCCAUUCUGGAUGAGAAACGUCAGCUGGAGGGGCGCCUGGGGCAAAUGGAAGAGGAGCUGGAGGAGGAGCAGAGCAAUGCAGAGCUGCUCAAUGACCGCUACCGCAAGCUGCUUCUGCAGGUGGAAUCACUGACCACAGAGUUGUCAGCUGAGCGCAGUUUCUCAGCCAAGGCAGAGAGCGGGCGGCAGCAGUUGGAGCGGCAGGUCCAGGAGCUCCGGGGACGCCUGGGUGAGGAAGACGCUGGGGCCCGGGCCCGCCAGAAGAUGAUCAUCGCUGCCCUUGAGUCUAAGCUGGCCCAGGCUGAGGAGCAGCUGGAGCAGGAGAGCAGGGAGCGCAUCCUCUCUGGCAAGCUGGUGCGCAGGGCUGAGAAGAGGCUUAAAGAGGUGGUGCUCCAGGUGGAGGAGGAGCGGAGGGUGGCUGACCAGCUCCGGGACCAGCUGGAGAAGGGGAACCUUCGAGUGAAGCAGCUGAAGCGGCAGCUGGAGGAGGCCGAGGAGGAGGCGUCCCGGGCUCAGGCAGUCCGCCGGAGGCUGCAACACGAGCUGGAGGAUGUCACAGAGGCCUCCGAGUCCAUGAACCGGGAGUUGAACACGCUGAGGAACCGGCUUCGACGCGGCCCCCUCACCUUCACCACCCGCUCAGUGCGCCAGGUCUUCCGACUGGAGGAGGGCGUGGUGUCCGACGAGGAGGCGGCGGCGGAGGAGGCGGAGCCGGGGGCUGGGCCACUGCCCGCGGAGCCCGAAGGGUCCCCUGCGGCCCCAACGCAGUGACCCUACCCUGCCUGCAGCCACCGGGCCCUCCCUCCCUGGCCCCCUUGGUGCCUGUCCCACGAACAACCCUCUGGCUUCUUGCACUUUGGAAAUGGUGCCACCCUCUGGCAUAACAGCACUUAUCAACCCCACGGGGGGUGGGGGCGGGGGGGUCGCCUGAGACUUCCCGUGAACCCCUAAACACAGAGGAGCGGGCAAGCAGGGAGGAAGGGACUGGGGCGCUCUCGCUUGGGAGAAAUUCGGGUAUAGUUGGCAAGCUGGGGUCCCAUCCAGCUCCAAAUCCUUCCUUCAGUUAUGAAUGAUCUAUAUUAGGAAGGGAGCAUGGCUCCCCUGCCCUCCUCAGCCAGGGCUUCCCACGCCCCUUCCCCCUCCCUCUCUCUUCUCCCCCUCCCCCUUCCCCCUACCGCUCCCUCUCUCCCUCUCUCUCCCUGUGUCUUUCUCCACUUAGUCACUGACCCCAGAACUUCUGAGCAACAGCACCCUGAGCCCCAGGCCACCACCAGCCUUUGACCCUUGCAGAGGGGCAAGAUAAGGGGACCUCACGCCUUCCCCUCCCCCCAUGCUCCCUUCUGGUUGCUCUUGUGUGAUCACAGUUCAGUUGGAGUUUCUCAUGGGAGUUGGAGGAGGCCCCCAUACCCUCCCAGGCUCCAGACUCUGGCAGAAAUAAACUCCAACCUCGACUGGA